GAAAUUGUGAACUUCAACUGCCGGAAGCUAGUGGCUACCAUGCCACUGUUCGCCAACGCAGACCCCAACUUCGUGACGGGCAUGUUGAGCAAGCUGAAGUUCGAGGUGUUCCAGCCCAACGAUUACAUAAUCAGAGAGGGCACUGUGGGCAAGAAGAUGUACUUCAUCCAACAUGGUGUGGCCAGUGUUAUCACCAAGCUCAACAAAGAGAUGAAGCUGACUGACGGCUCCUACUUUGGAGGUACGUAGAGAAAACAGAAAAACAAAGAUAUCCUGCAUGUUUUCUACAGUACCGUUUUUCGCUUAGACAGACACCAAGCUAUAAUAUGGUAACAGGGAACUGUUUCAAGGACCACUGUGAAGGCAUACUCAGACUCACUCCAUCCACUCAAAUCCUCUUUUGCCUUUGCUUUGAUGUUUGUCAAGUCCCAUCACUGCAAAUACAUUUUUGGGGGACGGGAGUUAGCUUCUCAAAUUACAUAACGUUCAUCUGGAUGGGGUGGUGGAAGGCGGGGUUGAUGGGGGUGAAGAGAGGACAAGCAAAGCCGGGGAUCAGGGCUCAGAUCACCCAGAGGACAAAAAGAGGUUGCAUGUCUGUCUGCUCUGCGUUGGGCUCUGCAGCAGCAGCCAACAGAGAAUGUUACUUUUGCAUAAUUGAGGGAGUAAUCUCUCUAGCACGUUAUACAAAUCAUCAAAUAUUUUUCCAUCGUACGAUUCAUUUAUAGGCAGUUGUUUACAUUGGCACAUUUUCUUGGGCGUCUCCUUGUUGUGCAAAAGAGAGAGAAGCAGGUUUUAACAAUUUUUAGAGGGAGGUUUAAUUUUUUAUUUGAUCCAAGUUCACUCCCCUCCCACCGAAAGACGACUUAAGAUUCACGCUGUGUGGCGUGCAAUCAUGCAAUCUUCUAGAUAGAUAUGGCAUGCCUUGGAAAAAAGCAGUGAAUCAAGAAAUUAAUGAGUGGAGGAUUUUUUCAUUGAAACUCCCCAGCUGUCCGAAAAACCUCACAUCCAAUUAUUUAAUACCGUUGGUCCUCUGGUCCAAACGUCGAAUUUAAUUGAAACCAGGUAAAAACAGCCAAGCAAUCAAAAACAGUAACUUACCAUGCAUUUGAUGCAUGUUAGAUAAACAAAUGUACUGUAUUGUAAUCAAAUAAAUUAUUGACUAAUAUGAAUUCCCUGAAUUCAUUUAGCUUUCAUGUCAUUAUGUUCCUUGGGCACAGUCAGACUUGUCCUGUCCUGACACAGCACAAAGCAACACUGUAGACAGGGCUGAAUCUGAUUAGAACAUAGUGGACCAGUGGGGGGAGUAACUAGAAAUGGUAACACUUUACUUGACACAAAGCGUUAUAGCACGUUAUGACACAUUCAUAACCAUGUCAUAAAUGUCAUAACAGCUGACAUAACUUGUCAUAACCUGUUAUAAUAUGGUCAUAACACUUUCAUGACACAUAUUUAGACCUGGUGUGACAUAUACUGUAUUGCAUUAUUUAAUGGCUGGUUAUGGCUCCUACAUCAGUGUCAAAACCCUCAGAACCUACCACACAAGGCAAAACAUUCCAUUACACCAUAGCCUACGUGUCAACAGUAUGUUUAUGAAAUGUUAUAUGUUUUGAAAUUGACCAUGUUAAAUUAUCAUUGUAAUUGCGCACACAUUGAUGUCAGACAUGCACCUACCCCAAUUCUCUGUUGCUGAUGACUGCGAUGAAUGCAGGAGCAGAUUUCAGGAGCAGGGCAAGACACCCUCUUUUUAACUGAUGACUGAUAUAAGGGCAUGUACAUGAUAAGCCUAUCUGGCAUAUAUGACUUUGAUGGUCACAAUGCUUCUUGAAAGUGUCAUGAAGUGUAUUUUCUUAGUCCAAGUAAAGUGACACAGGAUGGUCAUAAUGCUUCAUGACAGUGUCAUAAAGUGUAUUUUCUACAACUUAUUUAAAAUAUGACUGUAAAUAAUUCAUUACAGCAAAAACAAAGGAUUUAAGAAACAAACUUCCAAAUUGAAAGGAAACUUCUUGGCAGGGAAAAAAAUAAUUUGAAUAAAUGUGGGUUUCAACACUCUUAUGUAGGUGUCAAAAUCAGCCAUAAAAUAACACAAUAUACACUACCGUUCAAAAGAUUGGGGUCACUUAGAAAUGUCCUUGUUUUCCAUGAAAACAUACAUGAAAUGAUUUUAAAAUAUAGCAAAAUGAAUAGGAAACCUCAUUGAUGAGGUUAGAAAUAAUGAUUUUUGUGUCCUUCAAACUUUGCUUUCGUCAAAGAAUCCUCCAUUUGCAGCAAUUACAGCCUUGCAGACCUUUGGCAUUCUGGUUGUCAAUUUGUUGAGGUAAUCUGAAGAGAUUUCAUCCCAUGCUUCCUGAAGCACCUCCCACAAGUUGGAUUGGCUUGAUGGGCACUUCUUACGGUCAAGCUGCUCCCACAACAGCUCAAUAGGGUUGAGAUCCGGUGACUGUGCUGGCCACUCCAUUAUAGACAGAAUACCGGCCAACUGCUUCUUCCCUAAAUAGUUCUUACAUAGUUUGGAGCUGUGCUUUGGGUCAUUGUCCUGUUGUAGGAGGAAAUUGGCUCCAAUCAAGCGCCGUCCACAGGGUAUGGCAUGGCGUUGCAAAAUGGAGUGAUAGCCUUCCUUCUUCAAGAUCCCUUUUACACUGCACAAAUCUCCUACUUUCACACCACCAAAGCACCCCCAGACCAUCACAUUGCCUCCGCCAUGCUUGACAGAUGGCAUCAAGCACUCCUCCAGCAUCUUUUCAUUUGGUCUGCGUCUCACAAAUGUUCUUCUUUGUGAUCCGAACACCUCAAACUUCGAUUCGUCUGUCGAUAACACUUUUUUCCAAUCUUCCUCUGUCCAGUGUCUGUGUUCUUUUGCCCAUCUUAAUCUUUUCUUUUCAUUGGCCAGUCUGAGAUAUGGCUUUUUCUUUGCAACUCUGCCUAGAAGGUCAGCAUCCCGGAGUCGCCUCUUCAUUGUUGAGGUUGAGACUGGUGUUUUGCGGGUACUAUUUAAUGAAGCUGCCAGUUGAGGACCUGUGAGGCGUCUGUUUCUCAAACUAGACACUCUAAUGUAUUUGUCAUCUUGCUCAGUUGUGCACCGGGGACUCCCACUCCUCUUUCUAUUCUGGUUAGAGCCAGUUUGCGCUGUUCUGUGAAGGGAGUAGUACACAGCGUUGUACGAGAUCUUCAGUUUCUUGACAAUUUCUUCAUUUCUCAGAACAAGAAUAGACUGAUGAGUUUCAGAAGAAAGUUCUUUGUUUCUGGCCAUUUUGAGCCUGUAAUUGAACCCACAAUUCCUGAUGCUCCAGAUACUCAACUAGUCUCAAGAAGGCCAGUUGUAUUGCUUCUUUAAUCAGCACAACAGUUUUCAGCUGUGCUAACAUAAUUGCAAAAGGGGUUUUCUAAUGAUCAAUUAGCCUUUUAAAAUGAUAAACUUGGAUUAGCAAACACAACGUGCCAUUGGAACACAGGACUGAUGGUUCCACCUUAACGAUAAAGAAAGCUGUCAAAGGUUAUAUAGUUUUGUCGUGACUGCCUAAAUUAUUUUUAUGUGACUUUCUACUCAGAUAGCGUACCUUGAACGCCCCCCUGUUUUAUAGAGACUAUUUCAAAGAUGUACUCUACAGUAUUUCAUGAUUCUCCGGUCCUCUCAGACAUAAUUCAUUCAGACAAUUCAUAAGUUUAUACGCAUACACACUAGGCAGAAGACACAUUUUUUAUUCUAUUUUAUUCUAUUCUACACAACAGCAGUUUUAUAGCAGUUGGCAGUGCAGCCAGGGACAAUGACUAAUAGUAAUAGCAGUGAGAGAUGAUCUGUGCUUAUAUGAGCAAGAGUCAUGGCAGCCUAGAGACCUGUGACUUUAAAAGGUGAACCAGGGGGCAAAUGAAGGCCGUAAUCAGAAUGGGUCACAGCGAGGGUGCAGUUGGCAGCUCUGUCUAGGGGUUGUACUCUAGUGUACUGCUUCAGCUCUGCACUUUUUGGGGACGUCCGAAAUGGCACCCUAUUCCCCAUAUAGUGUACUACUUUUGACCAAGGCCCGUAAGGCUCUGGUCAAAAGUAAUGCACUAUAUAGGGAAUAAUGUGCCAUUUGGGACGUAGAAUGUAUUUAUCCCAGUUAUUUCAGGGGUUAUGUCACCAGUGAACUCUGUUUAGUUUGAGCUUGGUGUGUGUGGUGGUGGUGUGUAUUGUAAGCCCCCAAAUGGAUGGGAACUCUAAUUGAAAUUAAACAAAGCUUUCCCUUUUUUUGAUGCACAAGGGGUGUGUGUGUGUGUGUGUGUGUGUGUGUGUGUGUGUGUGUGUGUGUGUGUGUGUGUGUGUGUGUGUGUGUGUGUGUGUGUGUGUGUGUGUGUGUGUGUGUGUGUGUGUGCGUGCUGCUCGUGUGUGUGUAGCCAGUCAUUCUACCACGUUAUGCUGAAACCAGCCACCUGCUCUGGCCAGCUGCCCAUCUGGUGGGUAGUGAUAUUUUUACCUCGUCCGUUGGUCGUUGCAUGAGUAUGGCAUUAAGAGAUGAGCUCUGACUUGGGAGCUGGUCCAGUCAGGAACCUCAGUACUACCCCUCCAUUGAACCACACUAUCAGCAUCAUAAUAUAGCGGCCAUAGCCCAAAACUGGCAAAACACAGAGGACCAGGCCGUAACCAGCAAGGCUAGCUACGCCCAGUGCCACUAUAUAUUGAAUAUCAUUACCAUAUUGAAUAUUGGGUUAGCAUUAGUCAGGAGACUCACUACUUCCCCUCAACUAAACCACACUAUCAAAAUCAUAACAUAGCCCAGCUCUGGUCAACAACAGAGGAGAGGACCAGGCCAUAACCUCCAUGACUAGUCUACACCCAAUGCUACUGGAUAUAGCAUUAGCAUUGACCAACCGCUGUUAAAUCUAGCAUAGUAAGAUCAAUUAAUUAAUUAAUCUUAAGAACAUUAUAUGGGAUACUAAACAGCACUCCUGAAACCAACCACUGUUAGUGUCACACACACCUACAAACUAGCAUUAGCAUGCUAAUCACCAUUUAUGUGCAUGGCUUUUCAAAUAUCCCCCCAGUGCCUGGCUAUAGCUACUCUCAAUAGACUAGCAUUUAGAUGACAUAUCGUCAUACAAUAAGAUCAAUGACAGAUAGUUGGUUAACAAUCCUCUAUAGGAUUUUGCAUUGAUUGUAUCCAUGGCACUUACUGUACACUAGCCAGGGGGAGGCAGGGGGAGGGUAGGGGGGGGGGGGGGUGGUGGUCCAUGGGGAACUGAGAUGUAUGACACAUGAAGUGAUGGCAAAUUACCCACAGUUCCCCAGGGGUCAAUGGUGAUGACAUGUGACUGGAAGGGGCGAUGAAGAGACACAUCAGAUCAUGUGGAGCGGUACUAACCGGCGAGUCACACUCUCCCAGGCCUCACACUUCGAGGCCUGGUUGUCCAGAUGACUUGUCUACCUCGUUCCAACACCAGAUCUGGUUUCAAAUACUAUGAAUAUUAUUUGAACCCAGGUCUGCUUGUCGUCCAGAUGACUUCGCUACAAGGAUGGGUGCCUGGGCUCUUUUCCCACACUGUUUGCCCUGAAGGAAAUACAGGACAGAAGAGCUAAGCUAACUGAUUGUCCACUCAUUUGUGAGAGUGACAGAAACACCUUCUCAUUGCUCGCUCACUCAGGUGGCUAACAGCUAACCUUCCUCCUUUCCUCUGGGCUGCAGCCACAAACUGUAAAAUAAUACAAUUAACUCCAGAUAUGACCAACUCUAUAUCUGCUCUCAGCUGCAGUGCAUUUCUUACAGCUAGCUCAUUAUUUUUUGUCUCUCUCUUUCUCUAUGAAUAGUGUACUCUCUGUUGGAGUGGGAUGGUAAGGAAGUAAUUCGAGUGAAGCGGUUAUGGGGACAUAUGGGGGAUGGUGUGACAGUGUGGCAGUUCGGCUCUGGCUGUGUCCCAGAUGGCAUUUCCUAUGCAGUGCAUUACUUUUGACAAGAGCCCUAUAUACACUACAUAGGGAAUAGGGUGCCAUUUCAGAUGCAUCCAGUGUGGCCCCCUCCUGUCAUAUUGCAGGAGGGGGUCUGUGCCAACAGAGAUUGCAUUUCUGAGGAGUUUUCCUUUGUAAGAGCACUAACACCUUGUUCACACUCGCAGCUUGAGCGUGCUGUUUUCACAUCCUGCGGGCUAUGGCAGUCAGGCUCUAGCAGCUAACGCUUUUCACAGAGGAAAUCUAGGCUGUGAAUGUCAAGGGCAUUGUCCUCAAUCAAUACCUAUUUUCAUUCACUGUGCUUCGAAUAUGACUCACUGUUCUGUUCUAAAGAAAAUAUUGCAGUAUAGGGACAUGUUUGUCUAUACACUAUCAAUAAGUAGUAACCCUAGCAUCAGCUAGCAUCAGAUGUGCAAGGUUUACUUUCACAGUGACCCUCUUUUCUGAUAGGUCUGUUUGGAUGGUCUGACCCCACAGUAGCAGGGUUGAUAACUACCUUUCCUGAAUUAGAUCAAAGAAUAGCGUUAGUCAAAUUGAGGGGUAACAUGUCCAAGGGCAGAGGGAUUGGUCCAGGAAUUAGGGAGGCAAGUCUAGCACAUAAUGUCCCAGUGGCUAACAUAUUGUACAUGCCAUCUGGGUGGGUACUGAAGGUCUGGGAUAGGGAACAGGGCAUCAGCAGAGUUCUGUCUACCAUUUCGAUAUGAAGCAAAAGUAUGGGAACUACACUCUCUACAUACAGACCAGGCAGUGCUUGAAUUGGGCAGGAGCUCACCGGAGCUGAGUACCGGCACCUCCAUUUUUUUACUGCUUGAGCUCCUUUUCCUCACAUAGAAUAUAAACUGAAAAGUGUUGCGGAGAUCCUGCAACUAUAUAUAAACAGUACCGGCAUCCAAAAUGAAUACAAGCACCUAUUUCAGUCCAAGUCAAGCACUGAGGCCAGGAUUCAAUCGAGCAAAUAUUAACUAUACCUGUGCACAGCGAUAGACUUUUAAAGGCAAUUGCCCUGAUGAUCACUGAGAUCAUGGUCGCUGCAAUUGCUGUGGAAUGUAGGCUCCAAUCACAGUUCACAAGGUUGUUUAUCUGUGUUUGUUUGAAUCCUGGGCACUGUGUCAGUAAUGUCAGUAAUAAUUGCGCCGGAGGGGAUGGCUGCCGUUUUACGGGCUCCUAACCAACUGUGCUAUUUUGUUAGUUUUUUCACAUUGUUUGUAACUUAUUUUGUACAUACAGUUGCUGCUACUGUCUCUUAUGACAGAAAAGAGCUUAUGGACAUCAGAACAGCGAUUACUCACCUCAAACUGGACAAAGAUUUUUUCUUUAAUGAGUCCGACGCGAAAGAUAUACUGCUGUCCGGAGACCAGGCCCAAAUCCCUUCAUUUGCGUGAAGAAAAGGCGGAGAUAUAGAGGGAGAAGGUCGGGGUGCCUUGUUAGGAUUCGUAGGCGAGUGAGUAAAUCGCCAUUACCUUCGGUUCUAUUGGCCAACGUGCAAUCACUGGAAAAUAAACUUGAUGAUCUACGGUCGAGACUAUCCUACCAAAGGGCCAUUAAAUACUGUAAUAUCUUAUGUUUCAUGCAUCAGCAGGACAGAGCAGCUACGUCUGGUAAGACGAGGGGCGGUGACUCGCUCAAUACUGAAGUGGUCAGAUGACGCGGAUGCUCUGCUAGCACAGACUGGAAUAUGUUCCGUGAUUCAUCCAAUGACAUUGAGGAGUAUACCACCUCAGUCACCUGUGUCGUGACUUUAACAUUAAUCUGAAGACUGUUAUUUCUCUAAUUAACUAACUAUGUUUAAUUGUUACCUUAUUAAAUUAAUUAUGUAACAAUUAACUCAUUAUGAUCUGGGGCACCACGAGAGUGGUUCUUUAAAGAGUUACCAUCUACCGAAUUAAACUCUAAAAAGGUGUUUACCUAUCACAUCUAUAAACAGUCAAUUUAUUAAUCAUAACCUCGUAUCAUAUCAUCAUUCUGAACAGUUAUAACCUCCUUGCAUCUGAAAACCCAGAGCCUUACUUAUGAUUCAGUACUACACAAACUGGUUUAAUUCUUUAUUUACUAGCUAAUUAAAUGGGAACACAGGAUAAACACACACACUCUGCAAAGGUUAUUGACUGGCGACUUAAUACGUUGAAAACAGAUCCCUAGUGGAAUGACAACAACAUGGAUGCUAGUUAAAGAAGAGAUGGAGUGAGAGAGGGACAGAGACACUUAACAUUGCCAAAUUCAGAAACAUUAACCAGGUAGGCCUGAUCACCGACAAUGAUGAGACAACCUAUAGGGAGGAGGUCAGAGACCUGGCAGUGUGGUGCCAGGACAACAACCUCUCCCUCAAUGUGAGCAAGACAAUGGAGCUGAUCGUGGACUACAGGAAAAGGCCCACAUUAACAUUGACGGGGCUUUAGUGGAGCGGGUCGAGAGUUUCAAGUUCCUUGGUGUCCACAUCACCAACAAACUAUCAUGGUCCAAACACACCAAGACAGUCGUGAAGAGGGCACGACAACACCUUUUCCCCCUCAGGAGACUGAAAAGAUUUGGCAUGGGUCCCCAGAUCCUCAAAAGGUUCUACAGCUGCACCAUCGAGAGCAUCCUGACCGGUUGCAUCAACGCCUGGUAUGGCAACUGCUCGGCAUCUGACCGUAAGGCGCUACAGAGGGUAGUGCGUACGGCCCAGUACAUCACUGGGGCCAAGCUUCCUGGCAUCCAGGUACCUAUAUACUAGGCGGUGUCAGAGGAAGGCCCAAAAUAUUGUCAAAGACUCCAGUCACCCAAGUCAUAGACUGUUCUCUAUGCUACCGCACAGCAAGCGGUACCGAAGUCUAGAACCAAAAUGCUCCUUAACAGCUUCUACCCCCAAGCAAUAAGACUGGUGAACAAUUAAUCACAUGAACACCGGGACUAUUUACAUUGACACCUCCACCCUCCCUUUGUUUUUACUCUGCUGCUACUCGCUGUUUAUUAUCUAUGCAUAGUCACUUUACCCCUACCUACAUGUACAAAUUAUCUCGACUAACCUGUACCCCCGCACAUUGACUCGGUACCGGUGCCAACUGUAUAUAGCCUCGUUAUUGUUAUUUUAUUGUGUUACUUUUUAUUUUUUACUUUAGUUUAUUUAGUAAAUAUUUUCUUAACUCUAUUUCUUGAACUGCAUUGUUGGUUAAGGGCUUGUAAGUAAGCAUUUCACGGUAAGGUCUACACCUGUUGUAUUCGGCGCAUGUGACAAAUAAAAAUUGAUUUGAGUUGAUUUGAUUUAUACUGUACAUACUCUACACUAGACAGCAGCAGUAACAGCAGCCAGCAGUACAUACAGUGACUUUUCCAACUCAUUAGCUCAAAGUGACAACAUGAUGAAUUGACUCUCCAUAGCUCUAGUGACAACGCAGCAGCCAUCGCUUUAUUUACAUGCACAUUAGGUUCUCAUGCCACCAGAUCCAGCUGUACCUUGGAAACUGCUCAUUCUUCAUUUAUAUGGUCAUUUGUCCCAUGUUGGAGGUUGCCCACCCCAGAUUGAGUUAGAUCUGGUCUUUGUUAGGGCUGUAAUUACUCAGUCCGUUGCUUCCUCCCUCCCUGUGUGUCUAUCAGAGAUCUCCAGUACUAACAAACAAAGGUAUUACUGACAAUGGAUGUACGCAUUUUGGCCAUGAAGCCUUAUUCAGCAUAGAGACCAAACAGAACGUGUUUUUAUUUUAUUUAUUUUAUUUCACCUUUAUUUAACCAGCUAAGCCAGUUGAGAACAAGUUCUCAUUUACAACUGCGACCUGGCCAAGAUAAAGCAAAGCAGUGCGAUAAAAACAACAACACAGAGUUACAUAUGGGGGUAAAAAAACAUAAAGUCAAAAAAUACAACAGAAAAUAUAUAUACAGUGUGUGCAAAUGUAGCAAGUUAUGGAGGUAAGGCAAUAAAUAGGCUAUAGUGCAAAAUAAUUGUCAGUGUUGCUGUAGGUGGGUGUGGUGGUGGAAUCAGGCGCAGGACGCAGAAAGUAAGUCCAAAAGACUUUAGUGGAUGCACAAACACAAGCACGAAUAAAUGCCCUGAGGCGAGAACUCCGCACGCAGGCGAAAACAAAACGGGCGCACUAAACAGGUGCGACAAAACACUCCAACACAAUGGAGAACAGCUCAACCGAGCAAACAGUAUACGUACUAGCCAAACGCACGACAGUGAAAACAAUCACACACAACACUUGACAAACACAAGGAGAACUUAUAGGACACUAAUGACACUAAACGAUAACAGGUUUACAAAUACCAGACCAGACCAAACGAACAUAGAAACAUACAACGGUGGCAGCUAGUAUUCCGGAGACGACGAACGCCGAAGCCUGUCCGAGCAAGGAAGAGAGGCAGCCUCGGCCGAAACCGUGACAGUACCCCCCCCUUGACGCGCGGCUCCAGACGUGCGCUGACUCCGGCCUCGGGGACGACCAGGAGGACGCGGAGCAGGGUGCGUCGGGUGACCACGAUGGAAUUCCGUCAGGCGAGACGGGUCCAAAAUGUCUCUCCUCGGCACCCAGCACCGUUCCUCCGGGCCGUACCCCUCCCACUCCACUAGAUAUUGGAGACCCCCCAUCCGACGUCUCGAAUCCAAGAUGGACCGCACGGAGUACGCCGGUGCCCCCUCGAUGUCCAAUGGGGGCGGAGGAGUCUCCCUGAUCUCAUUUUCUUGGAGUGGGCCAGCUACCACCGGCCUGAGAAGAGACACAUGGAACGAGGGGUUAAUACUUUUAUACUCAACAGGUAGUUGUAAUCUGUAACACACCUCGUUCAAUCUUCUCAGGACUUUAAAUGGCCCUACAAACCGCCGACCCAGUUUCCGACAGGGCAGGCGGAGGGGCAGGUUUCUGGUAGAGAGCCAGACUCGAUCACCAGGUGCGUACACCGGUCCCUCACUGCGGUGGAGAUCGGCGCUCGCCUUUUGACGACGGAGGGCCCGCUGCAGGUGGACGUGUGCAGCGUUCCAUGUCUCCUCCGAGCGCCGCACCCACUCAUCCACCGCAGGAGCCUCGAUCUGGCUCUGCUGCCAAGGUGCCAGAACCGGCUGGUAACCUAACACACAUUGGAAAGGGGUUAGGUUAGUGGAGGAAUGGCGUAGGGAAUUCUGGGCCAUUUCGGCCCAGGGAACGUACCUUACCCACUCCUCCGGCCGGUCCUGGCAGUAUGUUCUAAGAAACCUACCCACAUCCUGGUUCACACGUUCCACCUGCCCAUUACUCUCCGGGUGGUAACCCGAGGUGAGGCUCACCGAGACCCCCAACCGCUCCAUAAAAGCUCUCCAGACUCUGGAGGUAAAUUGGGGACCUCGAUCAGACACAAUAUCCUCGGGUACCCCGUAGUGCCGGAACACAUGGGUGAAUAGCGCUUCGGCGGUCUUCAGGGCAGUAGGAAGGCCCGGCAUAGGGAGCAAACGACAGGCCUUAGAGAACCGGUCCACAACGACCAGUAUAGUGGUAUUCCCCUGUGAAGGAGGAAGGUCAGUGAUGAAAUCCACCGAGAGGUGAGACCAUGGUCGUUGUGGAACGGGCAGGGGUAGUAACUUACCCCUAGGCAGAUGUCUAGGCGCCUUACACUGGGCGCACACGAGCAGGAGGAAACAUAAACCCUCACAUCCCUCGCCAACGUGGGCCACCAGUACUUAGCACUAAGACAGUGCACUGUCCGGCCGAUACCAGGGUGUCCAGAGGAGGGUGACGUGUGAGCCCAAUAGAUCAAUCGAUCCCGAAUCUCGAGCGGAACGUACUUCCGACCCUCCGGGCAUUGAGGUGGACUAGGGUCGGUGCGUAACGCCCGCUCGAGUUCAGCAUCGACCUCCCACACUACCGGUGCCACCAGACAAGACUCCGGCAGUAUGGGAGUGGGCUCCACGGACCUCUCCUCCGUGUCAUACCGCCGAGACAGUGCGUCUGCCUUACCGUUCUGUGACCCAGGGAUGUACGUGAUCUUAAAUAUGAACCGGGUCAAAAACAUAUUCCACCGCGCCUGGCGAGGGUUCAGUCUCCUCGCUGCCCGGAUGUACUCCAGGUUACGGUGGUCCGUCAAAAUGAGGAAAGGGUGUUGAGCCCCCUCAAGCCAGUGCCUCCACACCUUUAGGGCCUGUACCACGGCUAACAGCUCCCUGUCCCCUACGUCAUAAUUUCGCUCCGCCGGACUGAGCUUCUUGGAAUUAAAAGCACAGGGGCGGAGUUUAGGUGGCGCGCCGGACCGUUGCGAAAGCAACGGCCUCUGACGCGUCCACCUCUACCUGAAAUGGUAAAGAGGGAUCCGGAUGCGCCAGCACCGGGGCCGAGGUAAACAGGUCCUUCAGCCUCCCAAACGCCCUGUCCGCCUCGGCUGACCACUGCAGACGCACCGGACCCCCCUUCAAAAGAGACGUUAUGGUAGCUGCCACCUGUCCAAAACACCGGAUAAACCUCCGGUAGUAAUUCGCAAACCCCAAAAACUGCUGCACCUCCUUCACAGUGGUUGGCGUUUGCCAAUUACGCACGGCGGACACCCGGUCUACCUCGAUCUUCACCCCUGACGCAGACAACUGAUAACCCAAAAAGGAGACCGACUCCUGGAAAAACAGACACUUCUCUGCCUUGACAUACAGGUCGUGCUCCAACAGCCUCCGCAACACUCGGCGCACCAGGGCCACAUGCUCGACUCGGGUAGACGAGUACACGAGAAUGUCAUCUAUGUACACGACCACCCCCUGCCCCUGCAUGUCCCUGAAGAUCUCAUCCACGAAUGAUUGGAAAACUGAAGGAGCGUUCAUCAACCCGUAUGGCAUGACAAGAUACUCGUAAUGGCCCGAGGUGGUACUAAAGGCUGUCUUCCAUUCAUCGCCCCCCCUAAUGCGCACCAAGUUGUACGCGCUCCUGAGAUCUAAUUUAGUGAAGAAACGCGCCCCGUGCAAUGACUCCGUCAUGGUCGCAAUCAGCGGGAGUGGAUAACUGUACUUCACCGUGAUCUGAUUGAGACCACGGUAAUCAAUGCACGGGCGUAACCCACCAUCCUUUUUCUUCACAAAAAAGAAACUCGAGGACGCAGGGGAAGUGGAGGGCUGUAUGUAUCCUUGUCUCAGAGAUUCGUCUAUGUAAGUCUCCAUAGCUCUCUUCUCCUCCUGAGACAGAGGAUACACAUGGCUCCGUGGGAGCACAGCUCCUGCCUGGAGGUCUAUCGCACAAUCUCCCUGUCUAUGGGGAGGCAACUGCGUCGCCCUCGACUUACUGAACACAAUAGCCAAAUCCCCAUACUCAGGGGGAACGUGCAAUGCGGGCACCUGGUUUGGACUCUCCACCGAGGUAGCCCCUACGGAAACGCCUAAACAUCGACCCACACACUGAGCAGACCACUCCAUCAGAGCCCUCUCCUGCCACGAAAUAGACGGGUUAUGGGUACUCAACCAGGGCAUGCCCAGCACCACCGGAUACGCAGGCGAGUCGAUCAGAAAUAGCUGGAUCAUCUCCUGAUGACCCCCCUGCGCACACAUCCUAAGUGGCGCCGUGACCUCCCUGAUCAAGCCCGCACCCAACGGACGGCUAUCUAGGGCAUGAACGGGGAAGGGGACGUCAACAGGGAGAAGGGGAAUCCCUAAGGCUAAACAAAAUCUCUUAUCAACAAAAUUCCCAGCCGCGCCUGAAUCUACCAGCGCCUUAUGCUGGGAAUGAGGUGCGACCUGUGGAAAACGCACAGGUAUACAGAAGUGCGCAACAGAGAGCACUGGGUGAGUGGGGCGCCUACUCACCUGGAAGGGCUCCCCAGUGCGGGGCCUGUCGUCUUCUCCCCUAGGAGGCCAUCCCCAGCACCUAGCCGCGGUGUGUCCUCCCCGACCACAGUUGGUGCAGGAGAUGGACCCCCUCGUACUCCGACCCCUCCUCUCUCUAGCGCCAGCGCCCCCGAGCUCCAUGGGGCACGGCUCGGAGGCGCUGGAGGGUGAAAUGGACGGACCCCCCUCGGGACGUCCGCGGGUAGCUAGCAGGGUAUCCAGCCUGAUGGACAUGUCGACUAACUGGUCGAACGAGAGGCUGGUGUCCCGACAGGCCAGCUCCCUACGGACGUCCUCACGUAGACUACAGCAGUAGUGAUCAAUGAGGGCCCGCUCAUUCCACCCUGCAUCCGCCGCUAGAGUCCGGAAUUCCAACGCGAACUCCUGGGCACUCCUCUUCCCCUGCCGGAGGCAGAACAGACGCUCCCCCGCCGCUUUCCCCUCCGGGGGAUGGUCAAACACCGCCCUGAAGCGGCGGGAGAACUCGGCGUACGUGAUGGUGGUAGCGUCUAUUCUCCUCCACUCGGCGUUGGCCCAUUCUAACGCUUUGCCGGAAAGGCAGGAGAUCAGGGCGGACACGCUCUCGUGUCCCGAGGGCGCCGGGUGCACGGUGGCCAGGUAAAGCUCCACCUGGAGAAGGAAGCCCUGACACCCGGCAGCGGUCCCAUCGUAGGCCCUCGGGAGCGAGAGUCGAACUCCUCUGGGUUCCGGAGCGGGAAUGGGCUGACUUGCCGAUGGUGAGGGCAGGGAAGAUGGCGUUGGGGGUGUCCCUCGGGUCUCCCAGCGUUGGAGGGUGGUGAUCACCUCCUGCAGGGCGGACCCCAUCCGCAGGAUCUGGUCAUUCUGUUCCCGGACCCUGUCCUCCAACGUCUCCUGUGCUGCUGCAGCUCCUGCUGAUUCCAUUCGAGCAGGUGUGUGAUUCUGUCAGUGUUGCUGUAGGUGGGUGUGGUGGUGGAAUCAGGCGCAGGACGCAGAAAGUAAGUCCAAAAGACUUUAGUGGAUGCACAAACACAAGCACGAAUAAAUGCCCUGAGGCGAGAACUCCGCACGCAGGCGAAAACAAAACGGGCGCACUAAACAGGUGCGACAAAACACUCCAACACAAUGGAGAACAGCUCAACCGAGCAAACAGUAUACGUACUAGCCAAACGCACAACAGUGAAAACAAUCACACACAACACUUGACAAACACAAGGAGAACUUAUAGGACACUAAUGACACUAAACGAUAACAGGUGUACAAAUACCAGACCAGACCAAACGAACAUAGAAACAUACAACGGUGGCAGCUAGUAUUCCGGAGACGACGAACGCCGAAGCCUGCCCGAGCAAGGAAGAGAGGCAGCCUCGGCCGAAACUGUGACAAUAAUUACAAUUAGUGUUAACACUGGAAUGCUAGAUGUGCAAGAGAUUAUGUGCAAAUAGAGAUACUGGGGUGCAAAAGAGCAAAAUAAAUAACAAUAUAGGGAUAAGGUAGUUGGGUGGGCUAAUUUCAGAUGGGCUGUGUACAGGUGCAGUGAUCGGUAAGGUGCUCUGACAACUGAUGCUUAAAGUUAGUGAGGGAGAUAAGAGUCUCCAGCUUCAGAGAUUUUUGCAAUUCGUUCCAGUCAUUGGCAGCAGAGAACUGGAAGGAAUGGCGGCCAAAGGAGGUGUUGGCUUUGGGAAUGACCAGUGAGAAAUACCUGCUGGAGCGCAGAAUACGGGUGGGUGCUGCUAUGGUGACCAAUGAGCUAAGAUAAGGCGGGGAUUUGCCUAGCAGUGAUUUAUAGAUGGCCUGGAGCCAGUGGGUUUGACGACGAACAUGUAGUGAGGACCAGCCAACAAGAGCGUACAGGUCACAGUGGUGGGUAGUGUAUGGGGCUUUGGAGACAAAACGGAUGGCACUGUGAUAGACUACAUCCAAUUUGCUGAGUAGAGUGUUGGAGGCUAUUUUGUAAAUGACAUCGCCAAAGUCAAGGAUCGGUAGGGUAGUCAGUUUUACGAGGGCAUGUUUGGCAGCAUGAGUGAAGGAGGCUUUGUUGCGAAAUAGGAAGCCGAUUCUAGAUUUAACUUUGGAUUGGAGAUUCUUAAUGUGAGUCUGGAAGGAGAGUUUACAGUCUAACCAGACACCUAGGUAUUUGUAGUUGUCCACAAACUCUAGGUCAGACCCGUCGAGAGUGGUGAUUCUAGUCGGGUGGGCGGGUGCCAGCAGCGUUCGAUUGAAGAGCAUGCAUUUAGUUUUACUAGUGUUUAAGAGCAGUUGGAGGCUACUGAAGGAGUGUUGUAUGGCAUUGAAGCUCGUUUGGAGGUUUGUUAACACAGUGUCCAAUGAAGGGCCAGAUGUAUACAAAAUGGUGUCGUCUGCGUAGAGGUGGAUCUGAGAGUCACCAGCAGCAAGAGCGACAUCAUUGAUAUAUACGGAGAAAAGAGUCGGCCCAAGAAUUGAACCCUGUGGCACCCCCAUAGAGACUGCCAUAGGUCCAGACAACAGGCCCUCCGAUUUCACACAUUGAACUGAGAAGUAGUUGGUGAACCAGGCGAGGCAGUCAUUUGAGAAACCAAGGCUAUUUAGUCUGCCAAUAAGAUUGCGGUGGUUGACAGAGUCAAAAGCCUUGGCCAGGUCGAUGAAGACGGCUGCACAGUACUGUCUAUUAUCGAUCGCGGUUAUAAUUUCGUUUAGGACCUUGAGCGUGGCUGAAGUGCACCCAUGACCAGCUCGGAAACCGGAUUGCAUAGCGGAGAAGGUACGGUGGGAUUCGAAAUGGUCGGUGAUCUGUUUGUUAACUUGGCUUUCAAAUACUUUCCAAAGGCAGGGCAGGAUGGAUAUAGGUCUGUAACAGUUUGGAUCUACAGUGUCACCCCCUUUGAAGAGGGGGAUGACCGCGGCAGCUUUCCAAUCAUUAUAAGUAGUGUACACACAUCCAGUAGUAAUGAAAGAAAGAUAAGAUACCCGCAGACAUACCCUAGGUCUUCUUGCACAAUAAAACUACGGGAGCGUUCGAAAGUGUGUGGGUAUCUAUCUUUCUUUCAUGAUCAAACAGAAACAGUGCAUUACUUCAGUGACAUCAAAAAAUAAGAGUUGAGCUUAUUGUCUUAUUGUGCAUUCUGUAUUUUCUCUACAGAGAUUUGUCUGCUGACGAAGGGGAGACGCACGGCCAGCGUUCGUGCUGACACCUACUGCCGUCUCUUCUCCCUCUCUGUGGACCACUUCAACGAGGUGUUGGAGGAGUACCCCAUGAUGCGCCGCGCCUUCGAGACUGUAGCCAUCGACCGCCUGGACCGCAUCGGUAAGACCAUGACCACACCACAUACUGUACUGUGUUGGGUUGGUGCCCUGUCAUGCCCUGCCUGUGCCGUGUCAUGUGUAUCUAUCUGUUUUCAUCAUGUCCGUCUGCCAUCGCGAUGCAUGACCUGUAAGCUGCACACUCUUUGUUCUUUCAUUCCUCCUCUCUUUCCAUCAAAUUACCUUAAUUUUACAAUCAUUUUUACAAUGGUAACAUUGAUUGUUUAAAAAAGUUAAGUCAAACUCCAAUUGUGUUAAUAAAUGGAAGUCAGUGGCAAUGUAUUUCACUGUCUAUCCGGUAGGGUGUCAGAUCCGUCCCUUCUUUGGUUUGGUGUUGACCCCCAACUGGAAUCCCUUCCGGCGAGUGGACGGAAGCUAGAACUCAUUUGCAUGUGCCUCCGUAUUCAUUCACCUGCACACCUAGGUAUGAGCAGCACCCCGACCCCGUCCCAAGGUCCAGCCCAGCCAGAGCAGCCAAAGACUGGCCUAGCCCCCAACCAGGGGCCCUGA